AUGAGCGGAGUUGACAAAUACCGGACAUACGUACUAUCCUUGUUCCUCGUCUGCCUUGCUCUUAUCAUCUGGACUUGUAAUGCUAGGCUAAGUGGAAAUGAAAGAGAUCGACAGGCAUUGUUGGCAUUCAGAGCAAAGAUUACUCAUGAUCCUCAAGGAGCUCUUGGCUCGUGGAAUUCGUCUCUGUUUUUUUGCAACUGGGAAGGAAUUUUAUGCAGCAAGGUCAAACAAAGAGUCACCAGCAUAAACCUUUCUUCUAAAGGUUUGGGGGGUUCUAUGUCUCCUUAUAUCGGAAACAUGAGUUUUCUGAGUGAAAUCAUUCUCUACAACAACAAUCUUCAAGGCACGAUUCCUCAAGAAGUAGGCCGCCUUUUCAGGCUAAAAGUUCUGAGCUUAGGACGAAAUGCUUUGGAAGGAAGCAUACCAGAUACCUUGGGACUACUUGAUAGGUUAGUCAGUUUGGAACUUUUUUCCAAUAAGCUGUCAGGUAUGAUUCCUCCUAUUUUCAAUCUCUCAUUACUGAAUGUCUUCAAUUUGGCCAAUAAUCUACUUCAAGGAAGUAUACCAUCAGACUUUGGAUUUGCUCUUCCCAAUCUCCAAAAAAUUCAGCUAUCAAAUAACAAAUUCACCGGGAACAUUCCCAUAUCACUUUCGAAUGCUUCCAGGCUUCAAGUUAUUGAUUUGCAGUUCAACAAUUUUAGCGGCCCCGUGUCUAUAGAUUUUGGAAGGUUGUUGCAUCUUCAAAAUUUAGUUCUGGAAAGUAACAAUCUAGGACUUGGGGGGCAAAGUGACUUGAGUUUCCUCAACUCGUUGAUCAAUUGCAGCAGCUUAAAAAUAUUGAAGCUAGGGGGCAAUAAUUUUCGAGGAUCAUUGCCCCAUUCUGUUGCUAAUCUAUCAAAUGAGCUAACAAUGAUAAGCUUAGCAGAUAAUCGGAUUUCUGGUAGCAUCCCUUUAGAGAUAGGUAAAUUCAUCAACUUGAUAUUUUUAUCAUUAGAAGGUAACCGGUUCACAGGCAUCAUUCCCCCAGAAAUUGCAAAACUCAGGAAGUUGCAACGAGUUCUUCUUUCUAACAACAGACUUUCAGGGAACAUUCCUGCUUCCAUUGGCAAUCUAUCUAUGCUGGACGAGGUACAUUUAGAAAAUAAUGAAUUGAAUGGAACCAUUCCUCCCAGUUUUGGACAUUGUCCAAUGUUGGUCCUCUUGGAGUUGUCUCAAAAUAACCUCAGUGGAAGUAUACCCAGCAAACUCUUUGAUAUUUCGCCUUUUUCUCUCAAGUUGAAUCUUUCUCAAAACCAUUUGGUUGGAUCACUACCAGCAGGUGUUGGUGCUUUGAAAACCUUAGUUGAAUUGGAUAUCUCAGAAAAUCAGCUUUCCGGUUUGAUUCCAACACAGCUUGCUGACUGCAUUGCCCUCAAUUCACUAAACAUGCAAGGGAACUUCAUUCAGGGUAACAUCUCACAAUCAAUGAAAAAGUUAAGAGGCUUGCAAUAUCUUGAUCUUUCUCGUAAUAAGUUAUCUGGGAAAAUCCCAGAUUUCUUGGAAACCCUGUCCUUGAAAUAUUUAAAUCUAAGCAGGAAUAAUCUCGAGGGAGAGGUACUUAAGAAAGGAGUAUUUGCAAAUGCAAGUGCAUUUUCAAUAGUAGGUAAUAAAGGGCUCUGUGGAGGCAUACCUGAACUCCAGCUACCAAGAUGCAGUAGUCAUGGAUCACAUAAACACAAAAUGUCGUGGGUACAAGUUUUGAUUGUGAUUAGUUCAAUACCAGUUCUUGCCAUUGGUUACUAUAUAUGGCUUAGAAGAAGAAAAGAAAAGCCACCGAGUUUUUUGGGGUCAAAGACAUACACAUCACCCAUCAAAUUGUCCUACAAGCUACUCCAUGAAGCAACUGAAGAAUUCUCACCGAACAACUUAGUCAGCGAGGGUAACUCUGGUUUAGUGUACAAAGGGAAAAUUUCAAGUCCACCAGACAAUGAGACAUUUAUUGCAGUGAAAGUAUUUAAGCCUCAAGCAUCCAACCAGUUCAUCACUGAAUGUGAAGCCCUGCGAAAUAUUCGCCACAGAAACAUUAUUAAGAUCAAAAGUACAUGCACAGGCUUCACAGAUAUCAACAAAAAAUUCACAGCUAUUGUUUACGACUUCAUGGAGCAUAAGAGCUUAGAUAGGUGGAAGCAUUUAACAAGUACAUCAUCUCAUAAUGAGCACUGCAUGCCUCAGAUUCUGAACCUUGGUACCAGAAUAAACAUAGCGAUCGAUGUGGCUAAUGCACUUGAUUAUAUUCAUAAUCAAGUGGACAACCCCUUGAUACAUUGUAAUUUAAAACUAAGCAAUAUUUUGCUAGAUACAGACAUGAGCGCCCAUGUAUCAAAUUUCGGAAUGGCUAAGUUUCUUACAGAUUUAGGCAGUACAAGUCAGAGCAAUUUUGAUGGAUUUGCAGGAACUCUUGAAUAUGCACCUCCAGAGUACUAUCAGGGAAGCAUGGUGUCAACCAAGGGGGAUGUCUACAGCUACGGAAUAAUAUUACUGGAGAUGCUGACGGGGAAGAAAAUUACUGACCCUAUGUUUCAUGGAUCGUUUACGCUUCAGAACUUUGUUUCCAAUGCCUUGUCUGAGAGGGUAUAUGAUAUAAUCGACCUAUUCAUUCUACACGAACUUAACAGAUAUGAUCCAGCAAGGGCAAAGGAUUGUCUGAAAAUGCUUUUGGACAUUGGUGUGAGAUGUGCUCAGGAGUUUCCACAGUUCCGACCAGACAUUAGAGAUGUCUUAAGUGUGCUGGAAACCAUUAACAACAUCUUUAAGGCUAGUAGAGUUGAUACUGAGGCAUAUCCUCAAGGAAGUUUUCAAGCUGCAUUUUUUAUGGCUCAAAGAUUCAAGAGAUCUCUACUACGGAACAGGAUAGAAGUGCCCUUUCAAAGUCCUGGAGUGGAAAAUUUCAAUAGAGCCGACUGGACAAUAGACAGAGCAGGACAGUCUAUCAAUCCUUUCCCUGAGAUAAUUUCAGAUUCAGUCACAGUGUCAUACAUGGAUCUCCAUAAAGCAACUAAUGGAUUCUCCUCAACCAACUUAGUAGGUGCAGGUGGUUUUGGCUCUGUUUAUAAGGGAAUGUUUCGUCAAAAAAAAUUUCAUCAUCUCAUAAGGCAUGGUAAUAUAGAAGCCGGUACUGAAGCAGCUGUUGCAAUCAAGGUAUUUAACCUACAGCGAAGAGGUGCAGUGAGAAGUUUCAACACCGAGUAUCAAACCUUAAAAAAGCUUAACCACGAAUAUAUUGUAAAGAUCAUAACUACAUGCACAAGUGUAGAUCAUGAAGGCCGUGAUUUUCGUGCUAUUCUUUUUGAGUUCAUGGAUCAUGGGAGUUUACAGACGUGGCUGCAUCCAACAGAUAACAUAAACGAUGAUGGGCCCAACCCACCUCGAACGUUGAGCCUUCUUGCAAGAAUAAAUAUAGCAAUUGAUGUAGCCUGUGCACUGGAUUAUCUUCAUCGUCAAUGCACGAAUUGCAUAAUUCACUGUGAUCUGAAACCAGGCAACAUUUUGAUAGAUAAAGACAUGUUUGCACGUAUUGCAGAUUUUGGAUUGGCAAUUUCUCUUCCUGAAUCAGCAAAUAUGACCCAGUGUAGCAGCGCAACUGGUAUGCGAGGAACCACUGGAUACAUAGCUCCAGGACUUAAAAUAAAAUCCGGAAAGAAGAGUGGAAGCAAAGCAUCAGGACAGAAUAAAAAUAAAGGAAAACGACUACGAAUAAUCUGUAGAACGCGUCAUGAAGGACAACUGGACACAAAAAAUUUUGAUGAGUAUAUGAGGUUGAUUUUGAAGAUUAUACCAGAAGAAAGGAAGACAGGAUGUUCGUUUUUCGACCCUAUGUUCUUCAUAUCAUAUAUGGAUGCAGUUAAAAAGGCAAAGAAAAAAGAUUGUACUGCAAUUGAGAAAAGCAAUGUGUGGAAGUGGAUAAAGAAGCAAAAGAUAUUUGCUUGCAGAUAUGUUUUUGUUCCCAUCUGCCAAAGUAAUCAUUGGAAUCUUCUCAUACUCUGUAACUUGGGAGAAGAUUUGGAGAUGAAUGAAAAAAGUCCAUGUAUGCUGUUAUUGGACUCACUUCAAGAAGCAGAACCAAAGAACCUAGAACCGUGCAUCAAACAAUUUGUGUACCAAAUGUAUAAGAAUGAGUCAGUACAAGGAACUGAUGAUGUUUUCCAGUUCGAUUUGAGUAUUCCAAUGGUUCCUCAACAGGAUGACGGUGAAAAAUGUGGAUACUAUGUUCUUUACUAUAUGUUCAAGUUUUUGAUGUCUUGUCCAGAAAACUUCAACAUUAAUGAACAUGGUGGCUUUAUGAAUAGCAGUUGGUUCACAGAGGAAGAGAUGAACAACUUUUUCAACAAUCUAUCAUCAGAGAAAUUGCAUACUGACCAAAUGCAAGCUUCAGAAGACAUAAUUGUGGUCAAGGAAAAGAAUCUUUCAAGUAAUAUGGAAGUUGAUGGCCAAAAUGUCGAUAAUGAAAUUGCUGCUGAAGAAAUUGAUAAACUUUCUAAAGAUGAAGAAGAGGCUGAGAUGGUGGUACAAUGUGAACCUAUUCGUUCACUAGUUGUGUACACUCCAGAGAGCUCACAGGAGCAGCAAGAACCCAACCAACCAACACCACCUGCAUCUGAAACAAUUGCCACUCAUGAAAAAGAUGGCAAGGAAAAGCUGGCUGCUGCUGCACCUUCUGUGAGAAAAUCUCCAAGGCUACAACCUAUAAAAGAAGAUGAAGAAGAUUUCUCUAUUCAUAUUGUCGACCCUGAGGGAGGAGAAAAUGCAGAGAAGGGACCAGCAGAAAAAGCACAAAGAAAAGUAAGGGCGACAAAGAAUGAAGGUGUCAAUAAAAGGAAAGCCGUAGAAGAGGUACAACAUAAUAAGGAAAAGAAAUUGAAGAAAAAGGUGGAAGCAGAGAAUGAAGAUGAAGAAGUGGAAGAAGAAGAAGAAAAAGAUGAUGAUGAGAAACCAAAAAAGAUUUUAAUCCGUGCUUAUCCAUCAACAUUUUCAAAAACAAUCUCAAGGCUGUCUGAAGCUCAAAGGCAGUGGGUGAAAUCUGCUGGGUUUGGUGCACUCCUUCAUUUUACUCUUGGUGAGGAACUGCCACACAAGACAAUAGUUAAUUGCUUAUGGUGGUUCGAGCACAAUAAAUGUGAGUUUGGUCUAUUCCCAAAUCGGAAUCUUAAAAUAACAGAGGAUGAUGUUUUUGACAUAAUUGGUCUACCCCAAGGGAAAUUGGAUGUUAAACUUGAAGAUUCUAAAGAUAAAAUCCAAAGCUGGGGCAAACAAUUUAAAGAAAGGCAGCCAAGCAGGAUCACUGAAAAGAUGUUGCGUGAAAAGAUUGCAGAGUCUCGUGAUGCCGAUGAACAUUUCAAGCAGAACUUCAUGAUUCUGAUGGCUAACCUUUUCAUCAGAACAGAUAAAACGUCCUUUGUUUGCCCCAAAAUCCUGAGGUUCAGUGGUAAUUUUGACAAUGCAAGAGACUACAAUUGGUGCAAACUUGUGAUACAAAAUUUGAAAGAGGCUCAUGAACAAUGGUGGAAUGAUCCAAAAACACAAUACUACACUGGUUGUUUUGUUUUUCUUCUUUACUUUUAUCUAGCUAGGACAAGCCAUCCUGAUGUUAGAGUGAAGAAAACAUGGCCUGCCUUUGUUGGCUGGAAGAAUUCUUGCAUUGAUGACAGAGCAAAGAGGGAGGGUCUUGAUAAUAAUUUUGGUUAUGGAGAUAUUGUUCCAGAAUUUGAAACUCCUGAUGAAAGCAAUCAAAAUCAUGUGAACUCUGAACUGUACAAGGGUGGGAAUAGCAACUUCACCACACCUAAAGAAACAUUGAAGGGCGUAGGACCCAGUCGGCUGUUUUCUCCACAAGACAAUGUUGAUGCAUCAAUAUUGUCAAUUGCAAGAGAUGUUGAACAGAAUCACAAUAGCACUGAGGUGCUCACAGAGGAUGAGAUAUCAUCAAGAUUACAGCAUCAUUUAUCACAAAUGGAAAAGCUGAAGAAAGAAUUUGGUGAAACACUUGACAAGGGGAAACAGCUGUUCCCAGAAAGUGAUAAAAUGAAAGAAUAUGAACAGAGGUUUGAAGAGAUGACAACAGGAAGUAUUGAUAAAGGCUGGGAUUUUUUCACAUACAAAGACUGGAAAACAUUUGACAUUUUAAUGCUCCCGGAAAAUGAAAGGGCUUUUAAUAAGAUGCACGACAUAGAUGACUUUUUAGAUGAUUUAAAAUUAGGGGGUCAGGUGGUUGAUAGUAAUAUUUACACAAAACAUAUUACUAGGAAUGAGCCAAGCUAUGCUGCAUAUGGACUCAACAAUCAUCUGAAAAGGGUACUCAAACCAACUGAUCAUCAGAAGUCUCCAUUCAAAAUCCGAGUGAUUGAUCUCAACACACAAAGGUUCAGCAAAGAUGAAGAAGAAGUAUGGAGCUGGAUUAAUGGAAGAAAGAACCGAGCAAUGAUUGAGAUAUUCCUCUGGAACAACGUUACUUGCUUGAAGCAUCACAUUCAAAGCCUACAAAUUGGAAAAGAAGUGUUGUUCCAUGUUGUUGAUGCUUAUACAAGCAUACUAAACGAAGAUGAAAAAUUCAGAGCAGCAGAGUCUCCUUAUAGGUUUUUCUGCAGUACAAUGGUGACAAUGGGAAAUGUUGUUAAAGGAAGCCAAUUGGUAGCAAACAGUACUGAUCCAAAUAUAACAUACAUGAAGUUCAAAUCCAACAUGGAUGCAAUUUUGUUCAAACACGGAGUUGAUAUUAAUCAUGUUGAUCUGAUCUUCUUCCCAAUCUUCUCUGGAAACCACUUCUACCUGAUAUGCUUCAAUUUAAGGAAGAUUUGUGUUGACAUAAUUGACAACCGAAGUGGAGACCGUGUAGAUAUCAUGUAUGAUGGAAUACCUGAAGCCCUGCAAGAGAACUUUGGGUUAUACAUGGCACAGAAAAGCCCAAGAAAAAUCAAGUUCUUAAAUAAUGCUCCAGUGGAACGUCUAGAAAUGAAAUGGAGAACUUCAAAUAAGAAUGUAGACUCUGGAGUGUUUGUGAUGCAUCAUAUGGAAACAUAUAUGGGAUAUACUCUGCGCAACUGGGAUUGCAAAUUUGCUGCGGAGGGUAUUGAACAGAAAAGGCAAUUGGAGAAGGCAAGAAAAAUAUAUGCUGCAAAGAUUGUCUACUCAGAAAUAAACAUCUUGAAAGACCACAUGAAAACAGAGAUAAAGUUUGUUAAUCAGAACUAGACUAGACUGAACUUGUAAAAAUAUAUUGAUUAAUCUUGGAUAAUUGUGUUGCAUCAGUAUUUCUGUUCCUGAAGUAUUUGAAUACUGACUGCGUUUCACAUCUGUCAUAUUAAGAUCAUCAGUAUUUUGAUCCUGACAGUUUCAUACAUGUAAAUAACUCUUAACACAUAAUUCUCUUGUAGAAUUAAAUUUGUGAAUCAGAAGUGGACUGAG